AUUCAUUAUGGCAUGGUUGAAUUAAUGCCGAAGUGGAUGUAAAUAGAGAGAUCAAGAAACCAUUCUUUUUUUCAAAUUACUACUUACAAUGGAUACAUAUGGACUUCUUUUUCAGGUUUUUACUUUUGGAUUUAUCCUAUUUGAGGAAUUUACACACGCGGAGGUACCUACAAAUGUAUGCAAUUUUACACUUUACGGGUACAAAUUAGCCGACUCAGAAAGUUCCUGUCACUACUAUUUCUGCAAUGGGUUUGGGGAAGAAUGGCAACGAAGAAAAUGCAAAUAUUCAGGAGCAGUGCCAAAGUACUACAGAAGGCGUUAUCGAUUUUUGGAAACUCGUAUUAAUUUAUGUAGGACAUACAGUAAAGAAUGUACAGAGAAAGUCGAGGACCUAAAAAAAAUCACGACACAAAAAAUAGUGCCACCGACAACUCCACCAUGUAUACCACUAGGAGGAAAAUGUACUUACGGCACAAAGUGUUGCCCGUCUUCAGAAAUCGAUGUAGAUAUAAUUUGUAAUUAUGACGAAGGCAUCUGUGAGGAAAGGUGUAGAGAGGAAGGGGAAUCUUGCUCUGGAAGCGGGGACUGUUGUCCAGGAGGAAAUUUAAUAUGUGAUGGUGGCACAUGUAAACCAAUCGAUUGUGAGUAUCCCAUGGCACCAGAUCAUGGAUCAAUAGAGACCAGAAGUACCCCGGCCAACGAUGUUGGAAGACUGCGCGUAGGAGGAAUUGUCCAUUUCGACUGUGAUCCUUGCUAUGAAAUAGUACCCGAUGACGAAGGUAAUGUUGACGACAAUUUGCGCUGUCAGCCUGAUGGGACAUGGGAUGGUCCCGAGCCAACCUGUAGAGAAAAGGAGUGCACUACUCUUCCUGCACCUCAGGAUGGAUCACGCGACCCACCCAACGGGCCAGAUAAAUGCGGCGACACGGUUACAGUGGAUUGUGACGAUGGCUUUAAACCUUCGGGUACUUUGGUGAGAGAGGUAACUUGUAUUGACUCUGGAAGAGGUGCUAGAUGGGAUAAAACUCCAAUGACAUGCAAUCCGAACUGUGAAUAUCCAACCGCGCCGGAAAAUGGAUUCAUAGUUGCUGGAACAAGUGCAGGACCAAAUAGCCAAGGCCGACUAGAUGUUGGGGGAACAGUUAGAUUUGACUGUGACCCAUGUUAUACAUUGACACCUGAUGGUAGUGGAAGAGUUGACAAUGACUUGACAUGCCAGUCCGAUGGAACAUGGGACGAUGAUAUACCUACUUGCACAGAACUACAAUGUGACGUCAUCGAAGCCCCAGCGAAUGGCAAAAGAACCCCAAGUAAUGGCCCUGACAAGUGUGGAGAAACGGUGACAUUUGAGUGUGACGAAGGCUUUGAACCAGCGGGGACAAAAGUGGACACUGUAAAUUGUGUGCAGGAUGGUAACAGUGCAGACUGGGAUGAAGAACCAAUGACAUGCGAGGGAGGAACAUGUGUGAGUCUGAGAGGAGAGUGUCAAGAAGGAGUAAGGGGCAAGGAAUGCUGUGCUGAAGAAAUCCUAACGUGCUCUUUGGAAAAAGUUUGUUGUCGUGAUAGAUCCGGAGAUUGCCGGAAUGAUGGUGACUGCUGUAGAGGUCUGACAUGUAGUUCACUUGGGACAUGUGAACCGCCAAUUUCUAUCAAGUGUGUAGAUCCACAGGAUAUCAUGUUUGCUGUUGACACAUCUUGUUCCAUAGCCGAAGCCGACAAAGAUCGAAUCCGGACUUUCAUGACAGAGAUGGCACGGGCAUUUGAGUUGAGUAAUGCACCUGAUAAUGGUAUCCAAAUGGGUGCUGUUACAUUUAAUGAUAAUUACCAACAUGUUGCGUACUUAAAAGACGCAAAAGAUCCAGAGAGACUUAUUAAAAGAAUUGAAACGAUGAGCCUUGUUGAAGAAGGCUGUCGUACUCAUACAUUUGCAGCCUUGAAAGCCAUGGAGGACAUAUACUUUACACCUGCCCAAGGGAAAAGAGCAGGGGUAGUUUCUAAGCUUAUAUUGUUAUCAGAUGGUGUUACGAAACCUAGUAAUAAACAAAAGAAUACGUUUCAAAAUGCUGAUUCACUCCGCGAGUUGGGAGUCGAAAUCAUUGUUGUCGGUUUACCUCAAGGCUGUGAUGCGAAAGCCAAAAACUGUGAACCAAAGGUUAUAGGAGAAGAGGAAUGGAUGGGUAUAUCAGGAGCCGAUGAAGAUCCAAACCUGUUGUUCAAUGUACUUAACACAGACUUUACAAAACUUCGGGAGACAAUACAAAAUAUCGGUGUAUCGAUUUGUGGAGAAGGCAGUGUAACAAUAAAUUAAUUGGAGAAAUAAAGCAACCUUUAUUCAUCAA